AUGGACUAUCUGAUCACCGAGGGCUACCCGUCAGCUGCUGAAAAGUUUGCGAGCGAGGCCAACAUCCAGCCCAAAGCGGAUUUCACCUUCAUCCAGGAGCGCGUCCAGAUCCGGGAUUCCAUAUAUCGGGGCGAUCUGCAGGCAGCUAUUGAGCUCAUCAACGAGCUCAACCCGGAACUCCUGGACCUGGACAAAAGACUUCAUUUUUCACUUCUACGUCUUCAGCUUGUCGAGCUUAUUCGACAAAGCUUCACUAAUCCGGACCCUUCCCUGGUCGGUAAGGCCAUCGAGUUCGCCCAGAAGAAUCUCGCACCAUACGCCCCCUUGGAUACUCAGUUCAAAGUCGACCUUGAGCGAGCCAUGGCACUUUUGAUUGUCCCAAAAGAGUCUUGGAGUCAGGCUGCGUCAUCGGAGUCCUCUGGGUCGACAUCCCGCAUCCAGAACGAGUUUGGAGCCUUGGCCGAGCUUGUUGACCCCUCAUUACGGCGGAAGGUUGCCAAAGAUGUGAAUGAGGCGAUCCUCCAGUCCCAGGACCAGAGGCGAGAAGCCAACAUUCGCUAUCUAGUGAGGGCUAGAUCUUGGGCCGAACAACUGGCCCGAGAAAACAAGAUUGAUCUACCCGACAAUCUGAGUAUUGGUCUUGACGGGGCCCAGUCCGCUAAGGACAGCCAGCACGGACAUACUGGUGACACGGAGAUGUCCGGAAACGGCGCCGAGGAUAGUGGCAUGGGUGAUGACGACGAACUGACCCGGUACACCAAUGUUGCUUCUUAA